UGCUUAUAUGUAUUAAUAAGUUAAGCUCUCUGUUCAAGAAAGGAUAAUUUCUGUAAAAUAUUAUCAGGUGGAUAAAAAACGUUUCAUUUCCUGAAAGUGAUAGGAACAGACUCGACACGCAGACUAUGGAAGCGUUUGACAACACAUCAAUGUGUCUUUACACGUUCGAAGUAGUCGAGGAACUCGUCGGGAAAAAUAUUACUGAAGACGAUGAUCUUACCUGGCCAUGUGAACUGAGAUCGUUUUGGGUUGAAAUUCUUCCUCUAGUGCAAACUGUCCGAGUUUUACUGUCGUACGGUACAUCGUUUGUAGUGAUACUUGGUGUGCUUGGAAAUCUUUUAUCCUUUGUAGUGUUGAAUCAAAAAGAGAUGAGAAAGAAUCCUCCAAAUCUGUAUUUAUCCGUUCUUGAAAUUUACGACAUGUUUACACUCGUAUUUAAUUUCAUGAUUGGUGUACUGCGAGGGAACUUUGAGGCUGUGAACACUAUUUUUCAGGACAGUGAGGCAUUGUGCACGAUACACAGUAUAGUAGUAGAAUUAUUCAAUAUGCUUUCUGUGUGGAUAAUAGUUGCAUUUACUGUGGAGAGGUACAUUAUGAUAAGAUUUUGCUUGAAAGUUAGGCCUUCACGGAGAAGAACUGGUGUAAUUAUCGCGGUACUAUCAUUUAUUAUAUUUCUUAUAUCACUGCACAAGAUAGCAGUGUCAGGAUUUGAGGGCGACUCCGUAUUUGGGUACAAAGCGUGCAAAACGAGGAGAAUUAUUUUCAAAGAAAUAAUAUCAGUAGGUGUUGCUUUAAAUACGUGGGUACCAACGUUGUUAAUUGCGACGGUAAACGUCGGUAUCAUUCAGGAAAUGCGUAUCAAUCGAAGACGCCAUGAUUACCUAGGUCAGAUGGAGUUUUCAGAGGCUGACGAAAGAACUGCAAAAUUACUGCUACUUGUUUCAACGAGAUAUGUGCUCCUUGUGCUGCCCCUAGGUAUUGUGCAAACUAUCGAACUGAUCUGGAACAGAAUGAAUGCUGUUUCUCCAGGACACCCAUAUUAUGUGAGCUUUAUGAUCACAAAACUCAGAUUGAAAUGGACUCGAGCCUUCUUCUUUUUCUUCUACCAAUUAAACUUCGCUAUAAAUAUAUUUCUAUAUGUGGCCUCGUCGUCAGCAACCAAUUUCCGAUCAAAUUUACGCCGAGUGCUUGGAAUUAAACAACAUGCAGAAAGCUCUUGA